CCAGCCCAGAAGAUCUUGGAUCGUCUCAACAUUCAAUUGAGUCCAGAUAAGACGCAUACACUAUUUAUCUACCCGGGUAGCAACUAUAGUGGACAUUGGUAAAGGUCGUGUACACAGGUAUACGCACAGAACUGAAACCAUCAGCAAAUUGAGCUCAAUUUCAAGGGACUGAUUUAAUUAUUUUUCUUUUACUUUGUGGCACCUUAUUUUGUUUAUUUUAAAGUUUAACAGAGCUGUUAAACAUUUAUGUAUUUUUUUGGUUACUGUUAAAAGCAUUAAAGUGCUAACUGUUCUAACCAACACCCGCUCCUUUGUGAGUAUAUAUUAGGUGUAACUCCUAUAGGACCUAGAGCGAUGUGAGUAUCUCCACCAAGAGGCAGGACAGAGGUGCUACACAAACUUGGCGAGCCAGCCAGGAGGAGAUGAAUGGUUGAACAGUUAACAUUUCAUUGCUUCAUUGCCAAAUAUCAACAUUGCUUAAUUUCAAACUGUACUUAUCAUAAGUGGAAUUAUGGAUGUCAUUCAGGCUGAAAAUGUGAAAGUGCCUAACUCUGUUUUAGUAGGUGGGCUAACUGGUGAGGAAGUAGACAAUGAAGUAUUUGAGUACUUAGGACAGAUUGGUCCCAUUGAAAAGAUAGUCAAGGUAACCAGUUCUGAAACCCAGUUCAAAGGCACAGCCAUUGUUGAGUUCAAGUCAGGUGAGCCUGUGCAGUUUCUGCAGGACUCUUUGCCUUGUAGCAGACCCACUAGUAACCCAAAUGUUUUUAAUGACAUUCGAUGUCUUUCUGAUCUGUAUGCAGCCAAUAGAGGCUCAACUUUGACCCAUGCUUAUCUAGAUGAACUGAAGGCCAUUGCUAAGUUAAGUGGGGCAGACUUUGAAAAAGUUUUGCUGGAUGAGCUGACCAGAAUUCAGAAGUCUACUAAACAACUCCAGUCAGCAGAGCCGGCCCUGUUCAAAGCUGACUGUGGACUCCAGUUGGCGACUGACACAGUCACAGCUGAGACGAUGACUAACCCGACCCAGACUCCUACCAAAGUGGUACUGCCUUUACCCAAGAAACAGGCCGUAUACGUACCUUGUGAACAGCUGACCACUCCUGAGGUCCAGAAGGUGGUAGUUGAGCAUGUCAUCAGGAGCAGUGAAGUGAUCUCCCAAUAUCAUAGCCGCACAAAGCUCAGAUGUUUCUCAGGGAAAAUCCCUUGUCCUAGCAUGGAGUCUGAUUAUGACACAUGGCGUAGUAAUGUUGAUUUUUAUCUUGGUGAUCCCUCAAUGUCGGACAAGGUCAUUGUUAGAAAAAUAAUUGAAAGCCUUCUCUCGCCUGCUGCCCUUGUUGUGAAGCAUCUUGGGCCUAAUUCCAGUCCUCAUGACUAUCUCAGUCUUCUUGAUUCAGCAUAUGGAACUGUCGAUGACGGAGAUGACCUUUUUGCAAAGUUUCUAAACACAAACCAAAACUCUGGUGAAAAACCCUCAAGCUACUUACAGCGAUUGCAGACCGCCUUGACUAAAGUGGUCAAACGAGGUGGGAUUGCUGCUAUUGAUGCAGAACGUCAGUUGCUCAAGCAAUUCUGUAGAGGCUGUUGGAAUAACAGCUUAAUCACAAGCUUACAGCUAGAGCAAAAGAAAGAUCACCCCCCCUCUUUUGCAGAACUGCUUCUUCUGUUGCAUACAGAGGAGGAUCUCCAAGCUACUAAAUCCCAUCGAAUGAAACAGCACUUACGGUUUUCCAAAGCCAAAGUCCAGUCAAACCCCAUUUCUGUUAGUGACUGUAUUUCUGAUGAUGCUAACCUAAUUGCAGCUGUAGCUCCACCCAUUGCAAAUAAAUUAGAACAGCAAAUUGCCAUCUUGCAAGCUCAGAUAGCUUCUCUAAAAACAUCCUUGAGUAGCAAGCCAGACCAGUCUGCUAAGUCAAAGCAGAAAUCGAAAUCCAAACCAAAGGCCCUCACUGAACUGAAAUCUCCACCCCCAGUUGAGUUUACUCCUGGGAGGAAGCCCCGUCCAGGUUACUGAUAUCAAUGAGGGGAGG